GUAUUGACACUCACAGGAGGAGGAGACAGGCUGUGGCUCAGGUGUGAUGAUCUGGAUGGGGUAACACCUGAAGGACAGCAGCUUUCAUCGAGGAGUGCGGAGUCUUCACCUGUGCACCAGGUCUCUGUGCUAUCCAUAUAAUACAUAGUGGCCCUGGGAUACCCCUCACUGGAGCCAGCAUUAUGGAUGCACCUGGGACUGAGCAAGGAGAGGAGAGAACACUGGUGCGGAAAGAUGUUUUCAGACCAUGGCCCAAAACACGUCGGGUGGUGAAAGUUUGCCUGCAAGGAGUGAAAGGGAUCCUGUUCCGGGUCGGUGAAGACUGGUAUUUUCUGUUUGCUCUGGGAGUCAUCAUGGCCCUCAUUAGCUUCACAAUGGACUUCACCGUCUCCAAAAUGUUGAAUGCUCAUCGGUGGCUCCAGCAGGAACUCGGGGGGAACGUUUUGCUCCAGUACCUCUCCUGGAUCGUGUACCCCAUUGCCCUGGUCGCAUUCUCCACUGGCUUUGCCCAGAGCAUCACUCCUCACUCGGGAGGGUCUGGCAUUCCGGAACUGAAGACGAUCCUCUCUGGGGUCAUCCUGGAGGAGUAUUUAACGAUCAAGAACUUUGGUGCCAAGGUGGUGGGCCUGACCUGCACCCUGUCCGCGGGCAGCGUUGUGUUCCUGGGCAAAGUGGGCCCCUUUGUGCACCUGUCCAGCAUGAUCGCAGCCUACCUGGGACGGAUGAGGUCAUCAGUCAUCGGAGACUAUGAGAAUAAGAGCAAGGACCACGAGAUGCUGGUGGCGGCGGCUGCAGUCGGCGUCUCUACUGUGUUUGGCGCUCCGAUCAGCGGAGUAUUGUUCAGCGUAGAGGUGAUGUCAUCGCAUUUCGCUGUAAGGAACUACUGGCGAGGAUUCUUCGCUGCCACCUGUGGAGCCUUCAUGUUCCGCCUUUUAGCCGUCUUCAAUAGCGAACAGGAGACAAUCGCAGCCGUGUUCAAGACCAACUUCAAGAUCUCCUUUCCCUUCGACCUCCCUGAGACUUUCUUCUUCAUGAUAUUGGGGGUGAUCUGCGGAGUCAUAUGCUGCGCCUAUCUCUUCUGUCAGCGCUGGCUCCUGGGAUAUGUCAGGAGAAGCCCUUUCACCACUAAGCUGCUGGCGUCUGAUAAACCCAUGUUCUCCGCCUUGGUGGCCCUUCUGCUGGGGACGAUAACGUUUCCUAAUUUCUUAGGAAACUUCCUGGCAUCACGGCUCACAAUGAAGGAACUCCUUGUCUCUCUCUUUGACAAUCGAACCUGGUGGACGCUGUCCCAGAAUGCCUCAGUUCCCAGGCCACUAGGAGUGGACCCCAAUAAUUUGUGGCUGGAAUGGUCGAACCCUCAAAUCACUAUCUUUGGCACUCUGGCGUUUUUCAUUGUCAUGAAGUUUUGGAUGUUUACUUUGGCCACUACGCUUCCCUUGCCGGCGGGCUACUUCAUGCCGGUGUUUAUAUAUGGGGCUGCCAUUGGACGUCUGGUGGGGGAGACAGUUGCCUAUAUCUUCCCAGAGGGCAUCACCACAAAUGGCGUUGUUAACCCCAUCAUCCCUGGAGGCUACGCACUGGCAGGAGCCGCCGCCUAUUCCGGGGCAGUGACUCACACCCUCUCCACGGCCUUGCUUGCCUUUGAAGCCACCGGUCAGAUAGCGCACAUCCUUCCUGUCAUCCUGUCUGUGCUCAUCGCCAACGCCAUCUCCCAGAAGUUCCAACCAUCUUUCUAUGAUGGCACCAUCAUUGUGAAGAAGCUUCCGUACCUUCCUCGUAUUCGGAGCCGGCAGAUAAACUCAUACAAGGUGAACACCCAGGAGUUUAUGAAUGUGGACAUUAAGGCCCUCUCCAGGGAGGCCAGUUUUGAAGAUGUUCUGCAGGUCAUUACUUCUUCUGAUGACCCUGAGUAUCCAGUGGUGGACAACACAGAGUCUCGCGUUUUGGUGGGUACUGUGAAGAGGUCUCAGCUGGUCCGCUUUCUGGAGACCCAUAAGUCCAGUCAGGAACCGAGGAGCAUGGAGCAUAAGCCGCAGACCCCGUGUGACGGUAACCUGAGUGACGGCUGCACCAUUGAGCCAAUCACUUUCCAGCUGUCCUCGUGGACAUCCCUACAUGAGGCUCAUAACCUCUUUGAGUCGCUGAAUCUUCAGGAUUUGUUUGUCACCGAAUUCGGGAAGCUGGUCGGCCAGGUCACCAGGAAGGAGAUGAGGGAAGCAAUUGAGAACCUGGCAAACCCCAAAUAAAGCGUCUGGUUCGGGUUGGUCCAAGAACCAGAAGACCUUGUAUGGAGAUCUGGAGAGGACAGGUCACCGCAAUGCAGCUGAGACACACUGACCCACUCCGCGGUGUUCCCGAGGACUCCCUCAUACACCUCACAUACAGGGAACUACAGACCGUGAUGUCACCGACAGCAGCACCGUGAAUUCUGCCCGCUCCGCCCCAUAUACAGACACCCGCAUCUCACCACUGUAUUUCUGUCUUUACACUGCGCACUUUUCUUGUCACUCCUUAUUGUAGGAUGUUCACUGAUAUUAAUAAGACUGUGUCACAGCCAGAAAAUCGUGGGAGUAGCGUCCCACUGUACGCAGCUGAUCUACGCAUUGUACGCGGAGAUACAGUGCUCAGAUCACCCUAUAGAAGACACCUGUUUAUAUGGGCCCUCACCAUUUCUGUGGCCCCAAAUUUCCAGGAGCCAGCAAUGAUAGUACAGAGAAAAUACAUUUCCUUCUGUCAGACAUGAUUCCCUGAGUAAUCAUCUAUAACGGCCGCAUGUUUCUCAUUUACAGCUGGUUUGGUGAAUGCUGGAAAAUAAAACAUUUUAUACUAUUU